AGUGAAUGUAAAGUUUACGAGCUUAUAUAUAUGAUCUAUGUGGGGAACGAUAAGGAAAUCUACCGAUAAGGUUGACAAGGCUAGAUGUCAGCCGUGUUCAACUUCAAUACAACCGUCAAGUGAUUGUGUAGAUUAUCCGCCUACUCAACCGGGCGGAGUCCCGAAAGUGAUGAUGUUCUACCGAAACGCCAUAUCAUCAGAAAAGAAAAGCAGGAAAGAACAUAAGCUAAAAGACGUCCCCUUGCUUUCUCAGCGCCAUCCCUCGUUAAACGCAACGCGAAACUAUCCCAAGUAACAUAACCGAAAAGUUGCAUUCCAUCAUGACGAAGCACCUCCUCUCCCUCCUGGCUCUCGCCGCCAGUGCUGCAUACCCAGUCCUCGCCGCACCGGCUCCUCCUCCUCUAACUUACUUGUACAGCGUCAACCUCACCAUGCCCGCCGGCACCGACCUCGGCCAUGUUCCCUACGGAAGUAGAGCUCUCCUCACCAUCUCCGGCGGUACCUUUUCCGGUCCCAAACUCAACGGUACGAUCUCCCUUCCCCGGAUCACCUAACUAUUUCCUGUCCAACUUUCCGACACUCUCAUCAACCAACACAAGCCCAAUCCCAAGCC